CUUGCCCCAACAUUUUGUGGAGGCCAUACGGGAUAUCUUUGUCUUUGCCUUAGCAGGGAGCGUCUCUGCCGCAGCAGCGAGGAGGCGGAGGGAGGAGUUGAGGCUCGGGCAAAGCGCAGCUGCAAUAACGCAGCCACACCACCACCGUCACCACCACCACCACCACCAUCUCUGUCUCUCUGUCACCGCGUGCGCGGUUCGGGCCGUGCAGCAUGGAGGAGCACGCGUGGACAGCGAGGAAUCUCCUCUGCAGCUUCUUCGAUUACAAAACGGAGAAGUUCGUGAUCGCGCACAACCGCACGGUGGGGGUGCUGUUCCGGGCCGUGCAAGUCGCGGUGCUCGUCUAUCUCAUUGGCUGGGUGUUCGUGACCAAGAAAGCGUACCAGGAGACCGAUACCAGCAUCGAGAGCUCCGUCAUCACCAGGGUGGAAGGGGCCGUCCUGCUGGGGCGCGACUUCGCAGCGGCGCGGCCGUCACCGGCGCGGCCUCGGCGGCUCCACGCGCGCCCGGACUCCGGUGGCCCACACGAGCGGGGGGCCCGGCGCUCAGACCCCGACACGGCACGGCCAACUCGAGCGCCCCGACCGCGAGCCGCGGAGGGCGACUCCAACGCAACACAGCUGCAGCAACCAGAGAGCCGGUUUCUGCCAGAAGAACUUUUGAAAAUCCGCCAACAGUCUGAGACUAAAGGGAAGGGAGCUGAGCCAGACUCCGGAUCUCUGCGACCUGCUUCACGGGAUGAUACGCCGCUCCGAGCGGAUGCAGAAAUGAAAGAGUCAAAGGUGAAAUUCCGAGAUCCGCAAACCGAUGCCCGUCGUUUUGAACCCAAGGAGGGGAAGUUAAAGCAAGGUUUAGAUGGCACGCCGCCUGGCGAGUUGGUGUCUGAGCUCCAGCCCGACAUGACACGAGAUCAACCCAGCGUCACACUUACAAGUGAUGCAUUACAUGGAGAUGCAAAUGUUUGGGAUGCAGCUGACUAUGUCAUACCUCCACAGGGAGAAAAUGUGUUCUUUGUUGUCACGAACAUGAUUGCAACCCCAGGCCAGUGGCAAGGCGUCUGUCCCGAGAAUCCUGACAUUCCUGGAGCGCAUUGCUCCAAUGCCAGCGACUGCCCUUCUGGGGAACCGAUCGCUACUGGCAACGGAGUGCGCACGGGACGCUGCGUGGCGUGCGACGAGACGAGGCGGAGCUGCGAGGUGCGCGCCUGGUGCCCCGUGGAGAGCGGCAGCACCCCCAGGCAUCCCAUCUUGGCUGGAGCUGAAAACUUCACAGUCUUCAUCAAGAACAGCAUCCACUUUCCCAAGUUUUCAUUCCGCAAGCACAACGUCCUCGAGAACGGCGGCGGCGGUGACGGCGACGGCGGUGGCGGUGACGACGGCGGUGGCGACGGGCUGCAGCGGUGCCGGUACGACCCUGCCCGCGCCCCGGCCUGCCCAAUCUUCCGCCUGGGGGACCUGGUCAGGAGCGCAGGGGCGCGGUUUGACGCCAUCGCCGUCAAGGGCGGGGUCAUCGGCGUGCGCAUCGCCUGGCAGUGCGACCUGGACCGCCCGCCCAGCGAGUGCAUGCCCACCUACGCCUUCUCUCGGCUCGACACGGACGCGGCGGACGUGGCGACGGGGUACAACUUCAGAUUUGGAAGGUACUAUCAAGUCAAUGGCGUGGAGCAUCGCACGUUAAUGAAGGUUUACGGAAUUCGAUUUGAUGUCAUGGUGCAUGGGAAGGCUGGCAAAUUCAACAUCGUCCCCACAAUGACCAACGUCGGCUCUGGCCUCGCUUUGCUGGGAGUGGGAGUCUUCCUCUGCGACCUCGUUCUGCUCUACAUCAGCAAGAAGAGCCCCUUCUACCGAGAGAGAAAGUACGAAGAGGCGAGUGUGGCUGACUACGACUUAAAAGAGUGUCUAAAAAAUGAAAUUGAACUUAUGUACAUCAAGAGCAUACCUUGUAGCGAGAUAUAAAAUAUCCUGCAGCUGAACACUCGGGUAAUGAAACAAGCAUUGGACUGGCACCAACACGCUGAUGAAAGGCAAGACCUAAAGCCAAAUAUUCAGCUAAUUGUAUAUAAUUAUCAGAGCUUGGGGCUCACGAAUUGGCCGGACGGAAAGUGACAGCCAAAACUCGUGGAAUGAACCUAAUUCGCCUUUAAGAUGUCUUUAAUGAUUGUAAAUUAUCGUUCGGGAAAUCCGAGUGCUUCCCUCUUGACUUGCACCUCCGAUGAGCACGGCCGGCUACAUGCGGUGUGAAAGAAAUUCAACAUCCAUGCAACAUGUCCCCAGUUCUAUAGAGGUACCAUGUCUAAAACAUGUCCCUGGUUAUGGAGGUACCAUGUCUAAAACAUGUCCCUGGUUCUAUGGAGGUACCAUGUCUAAAACAUGUCCCUGGUUCUAUAUAGGUACCAUGUCUAAAAUAUGUCCCUGGUUCUAUGGAGGUACCAUGUCUAAAACAUGUCCCCAGUUCUAUAGAGGUACCAUGUCUAAAACAUGACCCUAGUUCUAUAGAGGUACCAUGUCUAAAACAUGUCCCUGGUUCUAUGGAGGUACCAUGUCUAAAACAUGUCCCUGGUUCUAUAGAAGUACCAUGUCUAAAACAUGUCCCUGGUUCUAUAGAGGUACCAUGUCUAAAACAUCUCCCUGGUUCUAUGGAGGUACCAUGUCUAAAACAUGUCCCUGGUUCUAUAGAGGUACCAUGUCUAAAACAUGUCCCUGGUUCUAUAGAGGUACCAUGUCUAAAACAUGUCCCUGGUUCUAUAGAGGUACCAUGUCUAAAACAUCUCCCUGGUUCUAUGGAGGUACCAUGUCUAAAACAUGUCCCUGGUUCUAUAGAGGUACCAUGUCUAAAACAUGUCCCUGGUUCUAUAGAGGUACCAUGUCUAAAACAUGUCCCUGGUUCUAUAGAGGUACCAUGUCUAAAACAUGUCCCUGGUUCUAUAGAGGUACCAUGUCUAAAACAUGUCCCUGGUUCUAUAGAGGUACCAUGUCUAAAAUAUGUCCUUGUUCUAUAGAGGUACCAUGUCUAAAACAUGUCCCUAGUUCUAUAGAGGUACCAUGUCUAAAACAUGUCCCUGGUUCUAUAGAGGUACCAUGUCUAAAACAUGUCCCUAGUUCUAUGGAGGUACCAUGUCUAAAACAUGUCCCUGGUUCUAUGGAGGUACCAUGUCUAAAACAUGUCCCUGGUUCUAUAGAGGUACCAUGUCUAAAACAUGUCCCUGGUUCUAUAGAGGUACCAUGUCUAAAACAUGUCCCUGGUUCUAUAGAGGUACCAUGUCUAAAACAUGUCCCUGGUUCUAUAGAGGUACCCAGUCUAAAAAAUGUCCCUGGUUCUAUAGAGGUACCAUGUCUAAAACAUGUCCCUGGUUCUAUAGAGGUACCAUGUCUAAAACAUGUCCCUGGUUCUAUAGAGGUACCAUGUCUAAAACAUGUCCCUGGUUCUAUAGAGGUACCAUGUCUAAAACAUGUCCCUGGUUCUAUAGAGGUACCAUGUCUAAAACAUGUCCUUAGUUCUAUAGAGGGACCAUGUCUAAAUCAUGUCCCUGGUUCUAUAGAGGUACCAUGUCUAAAACAUGUCCCUAGUUCUAUGGAGGUACCAUGUCUAAAACAUGUCCCUGGUUCUAUAGAGGUACCAUGUCUAAAACAUGUCCCUGGUUCUAUGGAGGUAGCAUGUCUAAAACAUGUCCCUGGUUCUAUAGAGGUACCAUGUCUAAAACAUGUCCCUGGUUCUAUAGAGGUACCAUGUCUAAAACAUGUCCCUGGUUCUAUAGAGGUACCAUGUCUAAAACAUGUCCCUGGUUCUAUAGAGGUACCAUGUUUAAAACAUGUCCCUGGUUCUAUAGAGGUACCAUGUCUAAAACAUGUCCCUGGUUCUAUAGAGGUACCAUCUCUAAAACAUGUCCCUGGUUCUUUAGAGGUACCAUGUCUAAAACAUGUCCCUGGUUCUAUAGAGGUACCAUGUCUAAAACAUGUCCCUGGUUCUAUAGAGGUACCAUGUCUAAAACAUGUCCCUGGUUCUAUAGAGGUACCAUGUCUAAAACAUGUCCCUGGUUCUAUAGAGGUACCAUGUCUAAAACAUGUCCCUAGUUCUAUAGAGGUACCAUGUCUAAAACAUGUCCCUGGUUCUAUAGAGGUAGCAUGUCUAAAACAUGUCCCUGGUUCUAUGGAGGUACCAUGUCUAAAACCCUCGCCUGAAAGGCCGCAGUGUUCAGUCUCAAAAACCAAAGCAUGCCAACAUCAUUGACGUCUCAACCAAGGUCCUAGCUUCCAAACUUCUACCAUCCAUAUAGUGCACUCCCAAUUAUCGGCAGUAGAAUGCUGUCCCAAAUGCUUUUGGGUGCAAUACAGAGAAACAACUAUUGGGAUCUUAAAAAAAAAACCUGAAUAUCAUGUUUUAUUGUAUCGUUCAUGUAAUAUCUAUAUUUCUGCAGGUGUAGACGUGAAACUGAUUUGUGAUGGGAGAUGGCAGCAAACAGCCCUAUCCUGCACCGUCGCACGUGGUACAGCAGUCCACACAUCGCAUUCAUUCACGGGCACCAAGGGGAUGGUGCCCAGUUGAACAUAUUUAUAGUUAUGUAUUAUUGAUACCUAAAUAUAUUUUCGAUGUUGCUACGAUGCUCAUAAAAUGCAGUAAAUAUUGUACGUUUAAAUGGUUGCCAUAAUGAGAGAGUUUUGGAGUAGAAUUGAGGACUUGCGGAAAACCAUCACUGCCUCCGUAACGUGAACAUCUGUGUCGGCCGUGUGCACAGCAGAAGCGUGCACGCCCCAGGGCCCGUGUGGCAGAUUGAAUGGCAAAUACAGUCGUGUUUUAUUGAUGUGGAGACACGUGGUGAGAAGGGCUGACGCUUGCGAUAAACAUUUGAGAAGGGUGGUAAGACCGGUUGGACUAUUUGACUCUUGCAACAUGAGCGUCAACCACGGAGAGGGAAUACCGCCGCAGCACGCACGGCUCCAACAGCCGUGUGGAGCAGACUCACUCGUGUGGAGCAGACUCACUCGUGUGAAGCAGACUCAGACUCACUCGUGUGGAGCAGACUCAGACUCACUCGUGUGGAGCAGACUCACUCGUGUGGAGCAGACUCACUCGUGUGGAUUAGACAGACUCGUGUGGAGCAGACUCACUCGUGUGGAGCAGACUAGACUCGUGUGGAGCAGACUAGACUCGUGUGGAGCAGACUCAGACUCACUCGUGUGGAGCAGACUCAGACUAACUCGUGUGGAGCAGACUCAGACUAACUCGUGUGGAGCAGACUCAGACUCACUCGUGUGGAGCAGACUCAGACUCACUCGUGUGGAGCAGACUGACUCGUGUGGAGCAGACUCAGACUCACUCGUGUGGAGCAGACUCACUCGUGUGGAAGCGACGAGGCGAGUUCGCAGAGACCACUUUGUAUCUGCGCCGGAUAGAGCAGCUCUCGUUAAGUGGCCACGAAAACAUUUGAAAAAGUAAUGCAUGUUAUACUGAUAAAAACACAUUUUCCAUUGUGCCAGCUAUUUUAGAAGAGUGUAGAAAUGAAUGGUUCACUAUUGUGCUGAAUUUUAAUGCGAUUUGAUGUUAGUUGUAUUGUACCGCAGGUAAAUGUAUUUGUGAAGUAUGUGGUAAAAAUCUAAUGAAUUGACCGUUCAAUAAACUCGUCAGUUGAUUUAGUUGAACAUAUUUAAAAAUGAUAAAAUACACGUCCUUAAAAUAAAUUAUAAAUUGAGAUCCAGUUUGUGAAUGUUGCCAAAAUGGUAAAAAAACUAAAAUAUAUCUUUUAAGCAUUUUUUUAAUAUUUCAUCAUGCAACAAUUGAUAUUGUACCAUUGAGGUGUAAUGAUGUUAAUACAUUAAUAAAUUAAAAUAUUAUUAAUUCUAGAUUUGAAGCUUUCGUGACUGCAAGGAUCCAUACUCUUUGGUUCUAUUCGGUAAAGUCACGUAGGUAUUGUUUUAUUUUUUUACCUACGUGACUUUACCGAAUAGAACCAAAGAGUAUACAAUAUUUUUAAGUUCAUAUUAAUUUAAAAUUGGCUGUCAAAAGGGUUUGGGUAGUCGUGAUCCUCCAGGUCGAUGCAGCUAUGAAAUCCGCUCGCGUGCAGCUACUGGAUGGAUCAGUGGAUCGCGCGACUGUGAUAAAAUGGCGACAGCUUUGGGAGGGGUCUUCAUCCAGCGGGGGAUUCCUUUGUGGCCGAUGAGACUGCAUUGUAACAGAUCACUGGUGGGAAUAUUUCACUUUACUGCAAUAAACACAAUCAUGUGCA